GUCAAGUGGAAAGUUACAUUUGAUAAUGACGGAUUUUUCGAAAUAUUGGCUGUUUGCAGUUGCAAAAUUAAGUGGCUCACUAGCCUGAUUUCCCUUUGGACUUAAAUAAAACAUUCAGUGUUCAUCUAUUUUUUAUAUGUAAAACAUUUCGAAACCCGACUGACAGGUUGGUCAUUGGUUAUAAUUUUUAAUACAAUCAAAAGCUGUCAGUUUAAACAUUUCUCAGUUUUUAUUAAAUGAAUAAUAUGCAGCAUAUUUAUAAAUCACUUUUACAAACAUUUGAAAUCUAGCCUCAAUGUAGUUGAACGACAAUGCCCAAUCAGGGCCCUGCACUAUUCACCAGGCCUAGUUGUUUUGAAAUGUCCAAAGCUUAUUUGGUAAUAUUUGUAUGUUUCUCCCUAUUACCCCUAUAUCGCACAGAUAAUAAGGUAAAUGACUUGAUACAAUCGAAGAUUGUAAACUGCAGCACGUUGAGAAUGGGGCAAUUCCUAUGUCCAGAUCCUUCAUAUGAUCUGAUUGAUCCCGUAACUCAGGAGAUUAGGGGUUGCACAAAAGAAGGAAAAGCUAAAGUCAAGUGUUUGGCUGUUGAUGGACUGGCCUGUGAAGGCACCAAGAAUCGCACCUUUACUAAGGAAAUGCCUUGCAGAUGGACGAACGGAUAUCACUACGACACUUCUCUUCUACUAUCCAUUUUCCUAGGAAUGUUUGGAAUUGAUAGGUUUUACUUAGGAUACCCUGCAAUAGGACUGGCAAAAUUCUGCACGUUGGGAUUCCUAUUCAUUGGACAGUUUAUUGAUAUUAUAUUAAUUGCUUCACAAGUAGUGGGGCCUGCCGAUGGGUCAGCUUAUGUUAUCCCAUAUUACGGGGCUCGAAUCGACGUGAUUCGAAGUGACAAUACUACCUAUAAGCUGAGGCAGAACAGUUGGUGAAUCGAAGUGAAGUUAAUAUAAAAGCGAUGAGAUGAUUCUGUGAUGGAACUGUAAAUAUUUGUUAUGCUAGUUGUAAGGUAAUUGUUCACGCCAGUGAUUGGCCUCCAGUUUGGGAUUGAAGUAAGAAUAGGCCUCCAGUUUGGGAUUGAAGUAAGAAUAGGCCUCCAAUUUGUAUACAAAUAAAAUAAUUAUUUUGGUUUUAA